UCAGGGAUGUUUUAUUGAGAGGGAGAGCUUCCUUCCUUUCUGUCUGUCUCUCUUUCUUGUUACUAUAACAGCUACUUCUACAUUUCUCUCUCUUCACAGCCAUUGAUUUGCUUAUCCGUGCAGAAUUCGCAGUUCAUCCUUUCCUCUUUUUUUUUUUGUAUAUUUCAUACAAACAAUACGGUGGAGGGUGGAUUCUAACACAUGCUCUCGGUGACAAUGAUAACUUUUUUUAACCACUUGAGCUACAAGUUUUUUGCAAUUCCCAGUUCAUCCUUAAUUUAGUGAUAGAAAGAGAGAUGGCUGAGCAGCAAAUUCAACAUUUCAGUCACAAGCAUCCAUUGAUAUUCAAGAAGGAGCAGAACGACAGUCGCUUGGUUUUUUGCUCAGUGUGCGAGGACCCAGUGCUUGGCUCAAGCUACACUUGCAACCAAUGCAGCCCUGCCUUCAUUCUCCAUAAAUCUUGUGCAGAUAAACUAACUCGUGAGAUACACAACCCGAUCCACCCCAAACACCCACUUUGUCUCCACCCACCCCAAAAUGGCAACUUCUGUAGUGACUGUAACCAACCAUGCAGCGGCUUCAUCUACUAUUGUCAUGUCUGUAAAUUCGGAAUAGACCUCAAAUGCGCUUCAAAGUGGGAAAACUACUGUCAUGACCACAAAUUCACCGUCCUGAAGAACCGUACUAUUAAAUUCACUUGUGAUGUCUGUGGCAAAGAUGGCAACGUCGACUUAUACCUCUGUGGCAUCUGCCAGCUCAUGGUGCAUAAGAAAUGCUCUUGGCUACCACGCCAUGUCAAAAUAGGAGACCACAAUCACAGACUCAAGCUCACCUGGCGCUUUGAAGACAUUUACCCCAAAAAGCAACGUUUCUGCUCCUUUUGCAAUAGACACAUGGACCAAAGCCGCGCUGUUUAUUAUUGUCAUGAAUGUUGCAGUCAUGUUGCCCACAAUACAUGCGCCAAAAUAAAUGCUCAAAUCACUGACGCCACCAAGGAGACCACUCCCGACGACGACCCCCAACAUAAGAACAACACCAAACAAAAUCAGAUCCAGCUGCGCAGAUCAACCAAACAAAAUCAGAACCAGCUGUUCAGAUCAACCAAACAAAGUCAGAACCAGCUGUGCAGAUCAACCAUUUUAGUCAUCAACAUCGCUUAACCCUCAUCACUGAUCAUCAUGAGGUAGAUAAAGAUAAAGAUAAUGAUCACCUUGAUGAUAGAAUAAAUACUUGUAAUGGUUGCAUGCGGCCCAUC